AUGGUUAAUGCCUUGCAAAGUUUUAUGGCUGCGGCCAAUCAAUAUGGCAGUCGUAAGUUUAGUCCAGAAUGUUUGACUUUGCCCGAAUAUGCUUUAAAUCAUUUGUUCUUUUAGAUCCCUUGAAAGAAGUUGUCGAAGCUUUAAAGAAAGCAACUCCUACUCUCAAUAAAGUGUCAUAUGCCGACAUCGACAAGUUUGUUGAUGUUUUAAUUGGGAAGAACAAUGGAGUCGGCGCUUGUUUCCUUCUCCACGGGAAGAUCAAAAGAGGAAGCGAAGCAGUCGCUGAUUAUUUACAGUUGUUAACCCAGUCCAAAAAAGUAAUUGAUCUCAUCAAUGACAGUGAGAUUGAGUAUGUAUACGAAAAGUGUGAGUGCAUGGGUCUUAAUAUUUAACUUCUGUAUUUAGUUUCACAAACAUUCACAGAUCUGGCUUUGUUGUAUGUCGAUAACAAGAUACCUUUGCAUGGAAUUAAGAUCUUGAAAUUCGCCAUUCAAAAAUUGACCAGAGGUGUUAAUGGUACAAUUACAAAUUUGCAUCCUGCUCUCCUUGGCCUUUGUUUGGCAGCGAACCGUUUUGAUCCGGCACUCGAAUAUCUGAAUCUCGAUGCUGAAGCCAUCUUCCUAAAUGCAAUUAAUGGACCCGUUCUGGACAGUCAAUCGAUUCUUCUUUUCUUUUACUAUGGUGGCAUGAUCUACAUUGCACUGGAGAUGUGGGAGGAAGCAUCCUUCUAUCUACAGACUUGUGUCUGCCUUCCGGCUGUGUCUGCUUCGGCUAUCAUGGUUGAAGCUUUGAAGAAGCUAAUCUUGGUUAAUUGUAUUCUUGACAAGAAUGAAGCUCUCCCAUCUUAUCGAUCAGCUGCUCUUCAACGCGCCUCGCAAUUCAAAUGCACCACUUAUCAUGCAGUAGCUGCCAGUUAUAACGAAAUCUGCACGAAAAAAGACUUGAGCAAGAUUAAACGCAAGUUCUCUUUGAUUUUCAACAAGGAUGGAGAUCAACUGAGAACUGUAAGUCCGGCUAAGACUCUGUUUGACGUUUUAGGAUAAGAACACUGGGCUUGUUCGCAAGGUCCAGGACCACUCCAUCUUUGUCAGGACUAACCAAUUGUCGCAGGUUUGCUAUUUUUCACAAGUAAUUGUCGUUUAAAGGUAUUCACUCGGCUGAAGUUGUCGGACGUCCGAGCUUAUCUUGAGUUCAAGGACGAAGUUGCCGACCCGGAAAUCUUGGUGCAAAGUCUUAUCCAAAAGUCCUUGAUAAAUGGCCAGAUUGAUCAGAGAACGGAAUCAGUAAUCUUUGCGGAAUCUGCAAAGGUCGAUAUCGAUGCGAAUCAGUUAGAAUCCGCCAUGAAGAAUUGCGUGGAACUGUCGGAAGUUCUCUACAAAUGCCAUCAAGAAAUGAAUCUGCAUCCCAUUUACCUCCAGAAGUCUGGAAAGAAGGGUGGCGCUAGUGGCUCUAAUCAAUUCGCGGGUAACAUGAUGAUGGAGGACGAAGGUGUUGUGGCCCCGUCGGUAUCUUCGUAAUCAUAUAUAUUGUAAUAAAGAGAAAUCUCCACUGUGAGGACUCGCUCUCUCUGUAAUGGUCCGAACCGUUAUCAUAUCUCUAUUGCUUUUGUCGCGCGUGUUUUUUGACGAAUGGGUUCAAUUCUUUUGUUGGGGAGAGCAGCAAGUCAGCAUUCCAUUUCUGAGUUCUUCCUUUUCCUAAUAUAUUAUGACGGGCCUUCCCAAAUACAUUCUCGUAUCCACCCAAAUUCGAACUGAAAGUGGCCCCACGAUUGUCGGUGAUGCUGAUUCCAGUCCUAUGCUCAUGGAACAGCUCGAGGCCACUUUGGAAUCAAGAUUAGGAAAUAAUUUUGCUGAAUUUGUCACUUCAUGGCCCCCCAGGAAAGUCUUAAAUAAAUUGGCAGAGUGGAACUAUAAAGUUGUUGCUAUGGCUGGAAUAGGACAGACUUGUGUUUGGACUCUGGAACUAAACAAUUGAACCCAUGAAUCUCUUUUUUAGUAUUGCGAUUAAAUAUUGUAUUUGAAUCGAGUUAUAUGUUGUAGAUGCCUGGAUACCGUUUAGAGUGAUGGCCCAAAGAAGUCUGAUUCGGUUAAAGACGUCGACGUUAGUUCAGAUUGCGGCCGGAACGUUUUUAGCAGGGUCUUCAGCAAUUUACUUUCUCCAGAAAUCGGUGCAGAAUAAGGUCCGCAGUUCUCCUCAUUACAAACAAGCUUUUGAAAUCAUCAGUAAUCAUGAUCGAUUACUGGACGAAUUAGGUAAACCGAUUCAGAUUGGCACUGUUGAUCUCGCUGAUCGCCGGCGGAAUUACAUCGACGAGAAGAUCUCGGAGGUGAGGUGUCGAUGCAGUGGAUAAUCAAUGCAUUUCAGUUCCGGGUGCCUGUCUCAGGCCCUUUAAGCAGCGGGUACAUUAAUAUAAUGGCACAUCGACAAGACAAAGAUGACGAGUUUAAGGUCUCACAACUAUUGUUUGAAGGCCUUGAUGGUGAAUUCUUGUUGUAUAAAAAAUAA